AUGGAAGACCAUGGAGACGUCAGUGAUAGUCAAAUGUUUCUAGAAGAGUUUGAGGGGGAAAAGAUCAUGGUGGGAAAAACACACUCCCACACUACAAAAGCUUCCAAAAGUGAUGCAGCCCUUUGUCUUGCUUGCUCACUUCAGUCAGAUAAAAAUACUACCAUCCCAACCACGUGGGCAGGAAACACAGAAAGCACAGAUGAAGCCCUCUCGGUCCUUUUAGUUGCACUGAAGAUGAAUUGCCUUGUGAUCCUGGUGAUUGUUCUUCUACAAUCCUAUCAAGGUAGUGCUGCUUUCAUGGCAGAAGGAAAACAUGUGGACUCAACUGUACUGCUCUCCAGUGCCAUGGCUCUUAAAUGUGUUUGCCCAAAGAAUGCAUCUAUUGCUCAGGUGGAAUGGAAGAAAGAAGAGGAUGAAAAGAAAUGGAACAUUGCAGUCUUCAGGCUGCCUUAUGAUUUGCAUAUAGAAAGCAACUAUAAGGCCAGAGUCCAAGUCACUAACCUUACCUUAAACAACAAGUCCUUGGUUUUUAGCAACACUAGUGAGAAAGAUGUUGGUUUUUACCAAUGCUCCUUUCAUACUUUUCCAUAUGGGAUCUGGGAAAAGAGGAUACAUGUUGUUCAAUCUGGGCCUUUUGAGCUUCCAGACUCGUCAAAUCAUCAUGUGACUACUGAAUUAGGAGAAAAUGUUACCUUUACAUAUUGGUAUGACUCUGAUAUAGCAGUGAAUCGAGUGACAUUGGAAAGAGUCCAACUUGACUGUGUAGACUUUAUAAUCCAGUGUGUUGAUUCUGAAAUGUCAAUCUAUGGUUCAGAUUAUCAAAACCGUGUAGACUGUAUCUCUGAAAGAAACAAUUCAAUUGUCCUUUGGCAUGUCACAGCUUCUGACUUUGGAAUGUACCGCUAUUCUUACAAUAAGGUGAAUGGAGAAAAUGGAACUGGCUGGAUAAAACUGACCAUUAAUAGCCAUGCACCAUGGAUUACUCAGCUGCACAUGAUUUUGAUUGUUGGAAUUGCUGCCUUUUUAAUCCUAGCUAUUGUGGUCAUUCGUCAUAGAAGGUAA